AUGAAGGCAAUUAUUCUGAGCUGCUGGCUCUUCACCUCUGCACUGGCGCUUUCGCUUUACGAUGACGAUGACGUCAUACCUACAGUACCACCGAUUCCAGUAACCCUAAGGAAAAUGAAACCGAACGACAGACUUCUCAUGGUUCAAGUCGUUUGGCGCCAUGGUGAUCGUGCUCCUGUGAUGACAUAUCCAACAGAUCAGCAUCAGGAAGAAGCAUGGCCGAAUGGAUGGGGAGAACUUACUACGCUGGGAAUGCGUCAGCAAUACGCCCUUGGAAGAGUUCUACACAAACGCUACAUUAAUAGUAGUGAUCCAUUGAUUGGUAGAAGAUACAGUUCAAAGCAGGUCUAUAUUCGAUCAACUGAUGUGAAUCGAACCCUAAUAUCGGCGUACGCGAACGUAGCCGGAAUGUUCUACGAAGGAGAACCGGGCAAGGAUUAUCCGGGACACGGAAACUGGCCACAUGGAUGGACACCUGUUCCCGUGCACACACUGCCCGCCUCUGAGGACCAUGCGGGAAACGUUUUCGCGCCAUGUCCACGUGCUGAACAAUUGGAUGAGGAACUGAAAAAGAGUGCAGAGUACAAAAAACUUGAAGAAGAUAACAAGGAAUUCCUAGAUUUUCUCUCUGAAAAAACCGGAAUGAAGGUGGGGCUUCAGGAAAUUUAUCUGAUUCACGAUGUGCAUCAUAUUGAGAUGAUCUACGGCCUAAGCCAACCCGCUUGGCUGACAGCCACGGUCUCGCAACGACUACGUAAUCUCACACAACUCACUAACGAAUUUACUUACGGUAUCGGUAAACCAUACGUGCCGGAACUAAUUCGACUAAGAGGAGGUCCCAUGCUUCGUUCGAUAACUGAUUUGAUGAAUCAUAAGCUCAGUUGUCUGAAUGAGGAAAAAUCUAAACCAGACUGCAAAUGGAUUAACAAUAUUAAAUAUUAUGCUUAUUCAGCGCAUGAUACUACUGUAGCAGCGCUUCUAGCAACAUUUGGUGACGAGGAGGAAGUGAUUCGUGGUGGUCUACCCAGGUAUACCGCAUCCGUCGCUGUUGAACUAUGGAUGUUGGAGGGAGGGCCGGCGGUUAGGAUUCUAUUCCACGGUGCAUUCCACCACAAUUAUCACACGAUCACACACCUGACGAAAGGCUGCCCUGUGGACAACGAGUUCUGCUCAUUAGAGAUGUUCGAACAACGUAGUUUACAAUUUCUACCUGUCAACAUCAAGAAGGAAUGUCAACGACGAGAACGUAGCAAUAGAACGAAACAGAGGAGAGUUCGAAGUAAAAUGUGGCGAACAGCUUAA